CGAUGAUUAUCAGUUCCUUACUUUACUAGUUUGUAAUCAAUACUGGAAAAGACUUGCAACUGAACACUAUAGAGAGGAAGGAAAUCAUUAUCAACUUCAACAUAAAGCCAAUGUAGAAAAGAGAGUAAUUGAAUUUGAUACCAAAAUUGGGCAAAAGUGGGUAGAUGACCUUGACCAUCAAAACAAGAGAAGGCGUUGCGAAGCCAGUACUCUGGAAAAAUAUUCAGAUUAUAAUAAUGUCAAAAGCCUAGUAGAUGAUAAUGUAGGAGACGAAAGCGAAAACGAAAGUGAGAAUUAUAAUGACUAUGAUGAAACUGGCAAUGAAUCUAACAAGAGGUUUUACCUGUGUUUGAAUGACAUAGAAGUAGAAAGUGAAAGCGAUUAUGAUACAACUGAUGAAAAUUUGUCAUUGCAAUGGAUAACAAAAUUUACCUUUUUUUUUGAUUCUUUAGAUGACCAAUGCGAUUUUGUCUUUAUUGCGGAAGUAAAGUUGCUUAGUCCAAUGUUAUUGAGUUUGAGGAAUUUGAGAGUGACAUCGGAUCAUGAAGCAGAUGAAAAUAAGGAUAAUAAAGAUCCUCUUAAAAUAGACAAAUUGGCUUUUCGCAAAGUGCACCAUGCUAUUCCAGAUAAUGCGAAGAUGUAUUUGAAGUCAGGAAAGAUAGUUGAAGAUGUUCUUUUCAAAGAUAUGAAGCAUGAAUACCAUGCCCAUUCCUACAUUAUAAAUUAUGACGACGAAAAUGUCAAUGAAUUGUUCACCGAAAUGGAGUGGAAUGAAUUAACUGAGGAUCGAAUUAGGAUUUCAGCUGUUCUGCGUGAAAUCAGAGAGGAGCUGGUGAUAUACGGGAAGAAAAAAACAUUAAGUGAGCUUUAUAAUUCUGUGUUGACAUCGUAUUUACAAGAUAGGACCAUCUAUGAUAUCAACAAGCACUACAAUCAGGAGUGGAUACAAAUGGUGAUCGAUACUGGACACCGCAUAAUUAGUGAACAUGCACGUCCAAAUUUUUGA